AUGAAGCUCCAAAAGGUGCAAGUGCUGCUUGAUACUGGAGCAGACAGAUCCUUUAUCGAUUCUAAUCCCGCAAAAGAACUCCAACUUCCAGAAUGUGGAAGAACAGCAAUGAGAUUAACCACAUUCGGAUCACCUGAACACCGGGAUAUUGAAUGCACGCUCACACACUUGAACGUUUGGGAUGCAAAAGGAGUGCCGCAUAUGCUACGGCUCUUCACAUAUGACACUCUCACAGCAAAUCUCACUCAAGGUGCAAUGGAUAGUGAAAACACAAAAUUCAUUCGUCGCAAAGGCCUCCACGUCUGCUCACCGUCCAAAAAAGCCAAGAUGCAACCAAAAAUUCUCAUCGGCUGCGACCAGUUGUGGAAUUUCAUUGAAUUUGAAGCCCCACAUUUCAACCUACCUUCAGGAUUACUUCUCUUCCCUACCAAAUUUGGUUACAUGAUAACGGGACAAAAAAUUGAUUCCAACAGCACCAUCCCAUAUCAGCUUCCAGCAUUCAUAAACAUGCUCAAAGUAGAAAACAAGAUGGACCACUGGGAGCAGCACUGGGACUCUGAAGCCAACAACGCUGGAAAAGAAUAUACCGGUCCCGAAAAAGAAGAAAAAGCAAGGAUCAAUCAUGAACUACUUGAGGAAUUCAACAAAUCGAUCCAGCGAAACGACGACGGCUAUUACGUCAACCUUCCAUUCAAGAAAACAUUCGAAGACUUGCCAGAUAACCGCAUGUUAGCAUGGAAGCGACUGAAAAGCAUCUUACAAAAGUACAGUAAUUAG